GUCGCGUGGUGGUUGCUGCUCCGAGGUAGGUUUGAGUUGGUGUUGGAACGCCGCGGCCGCCAGUCUCGUUAGAUAGAACGUGGGCGAGGUACGAAGAUGCUGGUCUCCAAGGAGGUUCCCUGGCGGCGCCUUCGGGGCAUUUCCUUCGGGAUGUACUCGGCCGAGGAGCUCAGGAAACUAAGUGUCAAAUCCAUCACAAACCCUCGAUACAUGGACAAUGUGGGGAACCCCUCAGUGAACGGUCUGUAUGAUUUAUCCCUGGGACCAGCUGACUCCAAAGAAGCGUGUUCUACCUGCGUGCAGGACUUUGGCAACUGCCCCGGGCACCUGGGCCACAUCGAGCUCCCCCUGAUGGUCUACAAUCCUCUGCUCUUUGAUAAACUCUACCUGCUAAUCCGGGGCUCUUGUCUCAACUGCCACCUGCUGACUUGUCCCCGGCCUGUGGUUCACCUCCUCUACUGCCAGCUGCGGGUCCUCGAGGUUGGGGCACUUCAGGGCGUCUAUGAACUUGAGAGUACCUUGAACAGGUUUCUAGAAGAAAAUCCUAAUGCUUCUAUCCAUGAGAUUCAGGAAGAAUUAGAGCAGCACACUCGGGCAGUCCUGGAAAACAACCUGCUGGGAGCCCAGGGCUCACAGGUGAAGAAUGUUUGUGAGAGUAAGAGCAAGCUGAUUGCCCACUUUUGGAAGGCACACAUGGCUUCUAAGAGAUGCCCCCACUGCAAAACUGGGAAGUCAGUGGUUCGCAAGGAGCACAAUAGCAAACUGACCGUCACCUACCCUGCUGUGGUUCACAAAAAGGCCGGCGGGGAAGAGGACAAGGCCAAGAAGACAGCAGCCCCAGAAAUCGAUGAAGCCCAUUUGGGGAAAAGGGGCUACUUGACCCCCAGCACUGCCCGAGAACAUGUCUUGGCCCUUUGGGAGAAUGAAGGUUUCUUUCUGAACUGCCUUUUCUCUGGAGUAGAGGAUGGCACAGAGUCCAAAUUCAAUCCCAAUAUCUUCUUUUUGGAUCUUGUGGUGGUGCCGCCUUCCAGGUAUCGCCCAGUGAACCGCCUGGGGGACCAGAUGUAUACCAACGGCCAGACAGUGAACUUGCAGGCUGUUUUGAAGGACGUGGUCCUGAUCCGAAAGCUUCUGGCUCUGAUGGCCCAAGAGCAGGCCCUGCCGAGUGAGGGGAUGGGAGUGACAGGGAAGGAGAUCCAGAACGGCUCCCCAGAGGAGACAGAGUCUUCUGUUCCAAUGGACCGCUCCUUUCUUGCCAUGAUUCCAGGCCAGUCUCUCACAGAGAAACUUUAUGGCAUUUGGAUCCGUCUUCAGAGCCACGUCAAUAUUGUGUUUGACAGCGAUAUGGACAAGUUAAUGAUGGAGAAGUACCCUGGCAUCCGACAGAUCCUGGAGAAGAAGGAAGGCUUGUUUCGGAAGCACAUGAUGGGGAAGCGUGUUGACUAUGCUGCUCGCUCAGUCAUCUGCCCAGACAUGUACAUCAACACCAACGAAAUUGGGAUCCCCAUGGUGUUUGCCACAAAACUGACCUACCCUCAACCAGUGACUCCAUGGAAUGUCCAGGAGCUGAGGCAAGCAGUUAUCAACGGCCCCAGUGUGCACCCUGGAGCCUCAAUGGUCAUCAGUGAGGAUGGCAGCCGCACAGCUCUCAGCCCCACUGACGUGACCCAGAGGGAAGCUGUGGCCAAGCAGCUCCUCACCCCUGCCACUGGCGCCCCCAGGCCCCAAGGAGCAAAAGUUGUGUGUCGUCAUGUGAAGAACGGGGAUGUUCUCCUGCUGAACCGCCAGCCCACCCUACACAGACCCUCCAUCCAGGCCCACCGAGCCAGGAUCUUGCCUUCAGAGAAAGUCCUGCGCCUCCACUAUGCCAACUGCAAGGCGUACAACGCCGACUUUGACGGAGACGAGAUGAACGCCCACUUCCCCCAGAGCGAGCUUGGCCGGGCCGAGGCCUGCGUCCUGGCCUGUACUGAUGAGCAGUACCUGGUGCCCAAGGAUGGCCAGCCAUUGGCUGGAUUGAUCCAGGAUCACAUGGUCUCUGGUGCCAGGAUGACCACCCGGGGCUGCUUCUUCACCCGGGAGCAGUACAUGGAGCUCGUGUACCGAGGACUGACAGACAAAGUUGGACGAGUGAAGAUCUUUCCUCCUGCCAUUCUCAAGCCCUGCCCACUAUGGACAGGAAAGCAGGUUGUCUCUACGUUGCUAAUAAACAUAAUCCCAGAGAACCACAUCCCCUUGAAUUUGAUUGGGAAGGCAAAAAUCAGCGGGAAAGCCUGGAUCAAGCAGAGUGCCCGAGGUGCACCAGCAGGUGGCCUGGAUGCUAUGUGCGAGUCCCAGGUCAUCAUCAGAGAAGGGGAGCUGCUCUGUGGGGUCUUGGACAAAGCCCACUAUGGCAGCUCUGCCUACGGCCUGGUCCACUGCUGUUACGAAGUCUAUGGCGGAGAGACAAGCGGCCAAGUCCUCACGUGCCUGGCUCGCCUCUUCACGGCCUACCUGCAGCUCUACAAGGGCUUCACCCUGGGCGUGGAAGACAUUCUGGUGAGACCCCGGGCAGAUGCCAAGAGGCAGGCGGUCAUAGAAGAGUCCUCUCACUGCGGCUCCCGAGCCGUCAGGGCCGCCUUCAAUCUCCCUGACACAGCGUCAUGCGAGGACGUGCAAACCAAGUGGCAGGAUGCCCAUCUCAGCAAAGACCAGAGGGACGUUAACAUGGUCGAUCUCAAGUUCAAGGAGGAAGUGAAUCAUUACAGCAACGAGAUUAACAAGGCCUGCAUGCCCUUCGGUCUCCACAGAGGGUUCCCAGAGAACAAUCUGCAGAUGAUGGUCCAAUCCGGAGCCAAAGGAUCGACUGUCAACACGAUGCAGAUUUCCUGUCUGCUCGGUCAGAUUGAGCUGGAAGGGAGGAGGCCCCCACUGAUGCCCUCCGGGAAGUCGCUGCCCUGCUUCCAACCUUACGAAGUCACUCCCCGGUCUGGAGGCUUCGUCACCGGCAGGUUCCUCACAGGCAUCAAGCCUCCCGAAUUCUUCUUUCACUGCAUGGCAGGGAGAGAAGGUCUGGUAGAUACAGCUGUCAAAACAAGUCGAUCAGGAUACCUGCAGAGGUGCAUCAUCAAACACCUGGAAGGGCUGGUGGUUCAGUACGACCUCACCGUGCGAGACAGCGACGGCAGCGUGGUCCAGUUCUUGUAUGGAGAGGAUGGGCUGGAUAUCCCCAAGACGCAGUUCCUGCAGCCCAAGCAGUUUCCUUUCCUCCUCAGCAACUACGAGGCAAUACGGAAAUCAAAGCAUCUGGAUGAAGUUUUAUCCAAGAUGGACCCCAUGCAGGCCCAGCAGCACUUCAGAGCCCUCAGGAAGUGGCGUGCCAAGCAUCCUCCCACCUGCCCCAGACACGGGGCCUUUCUGAGCUAUUCCCAGAAAGUACAGGCGGCCAUCCGCGCCCUGAACCUCACUGGGGGGAGCCAGAAUGGCCGGGACCCCAGUGCGCAGAAGAUUUUAAAAAUGUGGUCUGAGUUAGAUGAGAAGAGCCAGAGGAAGUAUGUGAAGAGAGCCCUUCCCUGCCCUGAUCCCAGCCUGGGAGUCUGGCGUCCUGAUAUCCACUUUGCAUCUGUGUCAGAAACAUUUGAAAACCAGGUUGAUGCGUAUGCCCAGGAGUGGGCGGCUCAGGCCGAGAGAAGCUAUGAAAAAUCAGAACUUUCUCUUGAUAGGUUGAAGACCUUGCUCCAUCUGAAGUGGCAGCGGGCACUGUGUGACCCAGGGGAAGCAGUGGGCCUCCUGGCCGCCCAGAGCAUUGGAGAACCUUCCACACAGAUGACCCUGAACACUUUCCACUUUGCUGGCAGAGGAGAGAUGAAUGUCACGCUGGGAAUUCCAAGAUUGAGGGAGAUCCUCAUGGUGGCCAGCUCGAACAUCAAGACGCCCAUGAUGAGCGUGCCUGUGCUCAACACCAAGAGGGCCUUGAAGAGGGUCAAGAGCCUGAAGAAGCAGCUGACCCGCGUGUGCCUGGGCGAGGUAUUGCAGAAAGUUGACAUCCAGGAGUCUUUCUGCAUGGAAGAAAAGAAAAACAAAUACCGGGUUUACUGCAUUCGCUUUAAUUUCCUGCCCUACAAGUAUUACCAGCAGGAGAAGUACCUGCGACCUGAGGAUAUUUUGCAUUUUGUAGAAACAAGGUUCAUUAAGCUCCUGCUGGAGGCCAUCAAAAGGAAGAGCAGCAAGACGUCAGCCUUCAAAGCUGUGAGCACCCGGAGGGCGACUCAGCAGGACCUGGAUGGCGGUGGGGAGAUGCCGGGAAAUCGGGAGGAUCGGGAGGGUGACAACGAAGGGGAGGAGCAGAUCGUCGAUGGCGACGCCGAAGAAGGAGACGCUGAUGCUACAGACAAGAAGUGGAAAAAGAAGCAGGAGGAGGAGGUGGAUUAUGAGAGUGAGGAAGAGGAGCAGGAAGAAGAGAAUGAGGAGGCGAAUGAGCUAGAGGAGGAGGGGGGCCCUGGGUCAGCACCCCCACACGAGGAGGGCAGCCAGGGCCCAGACGCUGAGCAGCCAGAGCCUUCCUCACUGGCGCCCAGCAAGAAGCGGGCACACAGGCACGGGCCCUCCGGGCCAGAAGCGGAGCUGAGGGUCCAGGCCGUACGGAACAUCCACUCGUCCAUCCAGGAUUACACGUUUGAUGUGGAGGAGGGCCUGUGGUGUGAGGUGACACUGAAGCUGCCGCUGAUGAAGGUGCACUUUGACCUGUGCUCGCUGGUGGUCUCCUUGGCCCACAGUGCCGUCGUCUAUGAGACCAAGGGAAUCACUCGCUGCCUCCUCAAUGACACCACCAACAAAAAGCAGGAGAAGGAGCUUGUCCUGAACACAGAGGGCAUCAACCUGCCGGAGCUGUUCAAAUAUGCAGAUGUCUUGGACCUCAGCCGCCUCUAUUCCAAUGAUAUCCACGCCAUGGCUAAUACAUAUGGCAUCGAGGCCGCCCUGCGGGUGAUUGAGAAGGAGAUCAAAGACGUGUUUGCUGUGUAUGGCAUCGCCGUGGACCCCCGGCACCUCUCCCUGGUGGCCGAUUACAUGUGCUUUGAGGGCGUUUACAAACCUCUGAACCGGUUUGGGAUUCAGUCCAACUCCUCUCCUCUGCAGCAGAUGACAUUUGAGACCAGCUUCAAGUUCCUGAAGGAGGCGACCAUGAUGGGUGCGUACGAUGAGCUGAGAUCCCCUUCAGCCUGCCUGGUGGUCGGGAAGGUUGUCAAGGGAGGAACGGGCCUGUUUGACCUCAAGCAGCCGCUGAGAUAACCAUAACUCGCUCCUCUUUCCCCUCUGGCUGGUGUGCACGGAUGGCCUGGGAAGGUGGAGGCUUGAGUGGGCACAGGACCUACCUCACUUACCUCACAGGAGGGACAUGUGGACAACACUUUGGAAAGGCCAGUGCUCGGUGCUGCUGUCCUGACGGCUUCCCAUUAAGAGAUUCUCCCCCAUCUAUUUGCUGUGUUACUGUGGAGCAAACCUUGACCUCUCUUUGCUAUCUUGACUUCAUCCAGAAAAUGAGCAUCAGGUCAUUCAAUCAACAAGAAUCCACUCUACGUCAGCCAUGGGCCAGCCAGGCACACUGCUAGGCCCCGGGGAUUCAAAGACCUCGCAUUCUGCGGGGCGGACACCAUCACCAUAUGUACGGAUGUUCAGAAUAAACACGAAGUGAAUAGCUACAAGGUGGUUUAGUACAGGGUGCUUAGGGAGGGAGGGCAGAGAGCAGGAAAGGCUUCCCAUAGGAGCUGUGUCUCUGAGGACGAGGGGGAGGACACCUUUGCCAUUCCUGUCCCAUAAGCUCAUGGGUGAGGAGUGCUGGAAAAAGUGCAUCCUGUUCCUCCGAGGUGACACUUUGAUCUUUCUUCAAGUGGCCUGUGAUUUGCCUAUGGGCUUUGCUGGUAUUCUCAGUGAUUUGAUUUCCAAAUCCACAAAGAGCAACUGAUGCCGUGCCCACGAAGGGGGGAGGGGAGACCAUGCGUGUGGGCAGAGGGGCCCACGUUUGCCUGGGCUCUGAGUCAGCAGGGAUGAAAUCUGCCUGCCUUGAAAUGACCUUGCAACAGUUAUUCUAGGAGGCUCUGGGAGCAGAUGAAACCACAGACUUCAGAAAACCCUGACCCUCAAGUGACUCAGCUUCCUGCCCUCUGUCGCCACAGCCUCAGCCUGGCGCCAAGGUAUGGCUGGGCCGCCGGGGAGGAGCCUCAGCGUCAGGCUGAGGGGGAGAACCGCCGUGCGAGUAGAGGGGCUCAGUCUGUCUGUCGUGACCUCUAGCGCCUCAGGGUACUUUCCACAUUGUGCACUUUGGUUUUCCGUUAGAGGACCUUUGUACUGGGUCCCACUCAGGGUUUUUGGGCCCCUCUGUCAGGAGGCUCAUUGUCACCUGUGUGACCCUGGCGGCCGUCCAGCCAGAUGUGUGUCUGUCUUCUCCCACACCCCCUCCCGACGAGUUCAGCCACAGCUCAACCACCUGGCUGGGGCAUUUGAAUGAGAGGACUGUGUGGAUUUCCCUGGUUCCAGUCACUGCCUCAGACAACAAAACAUGUCCCCUGUCCCAGAUUGGCCCUCAGUUGUGACUAGAGGGGCAGGGAACCUGUGGCCUUCAGGGCCCUUAAGUGCGGCCUUUUGACUGAAUGUUUGUUCUGUAUAUUUGGAUUCAGUCAAAAGGCCUUGAAGACCACAGGCUCCCCAUCCCUGGACUAGAGGUCACUCUUUUGGUCUCAUGUUAUUCCAUCCUGGGCUGAGUAAUGACCCCGAAAAAGCUCGGGGGGGGUUUCCUCCUUGUCUGGCGGCUCCUGCAUUUGGGAGGUGAAGACUGCAGGACUGGGAUUUCCCAUCUGGGUCACUCCCAAACCCUGGCAUGACAGAGGGGAAGAAGUCAACCCCACGUGUGUCCUAUAGGUCCUUGUCAUUAGAAUGAGAAGUUAACAGGAAUAAGUGUAUCAAAACCGGGUUUGCGUUGUGCUAAAGCAGGACUCCUGGGGUUCAAGCAUUUGGGAGUCCUGGACCCCUUGGGCAGUCUGAGGAAGCCUGUGGGCCCCUUCCCAGAAUAACGCUUUUGAAGGCAUCAAAUAAAAAACAAUUAUAAAGGAAACAUGUAAUUUCUAAUGGGUAGUUCUCAGGGAUCCCUGGUUAGGAGGUCCCAAGCUCAAGUGACCACUGGUGAGAAGUG